CUUUGUGCAAGCCUCGUGUUUGUCCUCCCUGCCCCCCCCCUUCCCCCCAUAGUCUUGAGCUAUCUGGUUUUCAGCUUUUGGAUAAUUUCCUUCCUUGGGUCUUGGGGGUGGCAUGAAUUAAAAUAUAUCUGCAUGUAUGAAAUGUAUCUAAAAUCAUAUUUCCACUGAUACCUUAAGCUCCUGAAGAUUCUACUAAACUUACCAAUCACACAUGAUGCUAAAAUUACUCUAUACUGGAUAAAAUGGAAUAGCCAUGUAGGACAUGUUUUGUUUCUCUGCAGGUGACCCUGUCUUUAAAUGAAAAUUGUGGGUAUUUUUUACCCAGGCUGCUUUCCCCACAUCUAGAACCUGCGGAUCUGUAGGAAGGUUUCCAGGCGAGGGUUCAGGAAAGUCACACUGCUCUCCCAGUCGGCUCUUCUCGCAACAACUUUGGAAGUCAUUUCUCCCUGGCAGAUGAAGUAAUAUUAGCUAACUUGCUAAAAGAGUUAAGAAUUAAUAUAAAGUCAUGAAGACAUCAUCGGUGCCUUAGUAGAGUAUCGCAGACAGUUAGUACAGCAGCUAAAUGUGAAGUCUACAGAGGCAGCUCUUGGAGGAAGAAACAGACUUGAUGAGAAAACAAGUAACUGUGUGUAUCUGCAGGGGAAAUGUGAAUGUGCCGGUCGCCUCUGUGGCAAGUGAGCAGUGAAAAAUGGUGAGAUGUGCUGUGGCCUGCCCUUAGGAGAGUGACAUUUCGCCUCUUGUUGGGUGCCUUUACUGAUGUGUUGUCUUUCCUACAGCUUUUCCUCCAUGCUAUUUGUCUUCAAUUAUGUUUUUGACAGCAAAAGUUGCCUUGCUAUUCUUCACAGCAAAAGCAAGAUAGCAUUAAAAAAUACCACCUGGGAAGGCCAAAAAAAAAUCUCAUGGAUUCUAGCCAAGUUGCACCCCCCAAGUGUUUCUCACCAGUCCCAAAUUGAGCUUUCAGUGAGUCAGAAAUAGCUGGCAUGUGUCACUGACCUGGCCACCAAACCCUGUGUCUCCAGCUGCUCACCAGGCUCGGGAGGACAACCCAAGGAAAACACCGGCUUCUUUGAUAGGGUGCAAGACAUGGGGCAGGGGGGAAGCGUGUUCUCAAACCCUCAACUUGUUCUACAAACCUUUGCAUUUUCUUUCUUGUUCAUUCGUGCUGAAUUUGGGCAUGGACCAACCCCCCAGCUCUGCAGCAUUUCCCCUGUACGUUGAUUCAACGUUCAAAUGUGCGUGAAGCAGGUUCACCUUGAGGUUCGUCCCUUUGUUCUCAGAGGUUUGCCCGGCUGCUGCCUUUUACUAUCUCUUCUGCUUCUAAGAAAAACUGAUGUUAUCUUCUAAAGAGAAAACUCGAGAUUGCAUUGCGACUGAGGAUUUCCUGUGUGCUGAUCCCCAGACAGCGCAGUGAUGGCAAGGACCAGCUCUACGUGGCUGCACUUCUCCAGAGAACUUUAAGAACAGUCCUUGCACAGAAGCUGAAGAAAUCCCCAGCUGCUGGUGCCUUUGAUCUCAGAUAAAGGUCAACCUGUCUAGCCAAAAGUGUGGUGGGAAAUGCUGCCUCACAUCAUCCUUCACUUUCUCUUCCGUACCCUGAAGUGAUUCACAGCCCCUUUUUGGGGUAAUGCACAGCAUUGUCCCCACAGCACCUGUGGGGUUCACUGCAGCUCUUUGGAAUAGCUUUAUUUCAUCUCACGCACCAGCCAGCUUAAGAUAGGACCACCAAGAUUUUUAAUGAGCUGCUCAGAAACCUUCCUUUUAAAACCAUUACUCCUCAUCCUAUCGCUCCACUCCCUGAUAAAGAGUCCCUCCCCAUCCUUCCUGUAGCCCCUUUAGAUACUGGAAAGGGCUAUAAGGUCUCCUUGGAGCCUUCUUUUCUCCAGGCUCAACAACCCUGAUUAUUGGAGUUUGCUGUGGUGGGGGUUUUUUUAAUAUAUAUAGGCCUACCAGUGUAAGUGUUAAAUAUUCAGUUCUACUGGUCUUAUCCCAACAAGUACAUAUAGUUUCCUUGCACUGAGAGUCUCCAAGGCUCUCUUGAGUGCACUGUGAGUUCCUGAGCCUCCAAACACCACCAACCCGCCAUGUUCCACCCAGUGCAACAGUGAAGUUGCCAAGGCACAAAGCUUCGGGGAGCUGCAGGUCCCAGCUGUUCCUCCCAACACCCACCUCUGCAGGAUGAUCGCUGCACAGCUGGCAGGGAACAUACACGUUCUCAAGGAUUUCAGAUGCAUGCCAGGUUCCCACUGAAUGCCAGAAGUAGAGAUCACUACAGAUGGAGCCCCAAAGUCAACAUGGCAGUGGUGGUUCACUAGUGGUGAUUCAGCAGCCCUCCUUGGACAGCCGGCAACGGUUGGACUAUGACAGAGAGAGCCAGCCGACCACGAUCUUGUCACUGGACCAGAUCAAGGCCAUCAGGGGCAGCAACGAAUACACCGAAGGUCCAUCUGUGGUGAAAAAGUCUGGUCCGCGGACAGCACCGAGGCAAGAGAAGCAUGAAAGGACUCACGAAAUUAUACCAAUUAAUGUGAAUAAUAAUUAUGAACACAGACCCAGUCACGUGGCACACCAGCAUAACGCAAGGGCUCCCGUCUUGAGCAGGUCGACCAGCACGGGGAGCGCGGCGAGCUCCGGGAGCAACAGCAGCGCUUCCUCGGAGCAAGGACUGCUGGGGCGGUCCCCUCCGUCCAGGGCGGGCUCCGGCCACAGGUCCGAUCGGACCAUCCGGACGCAGCCCAAGCAGUCGUCGCUGAUCGUCGAUGACCUGAAGGGUCCUUUGAAAGAGGACUUGACGCAGCACAAGUUCAUCUGCGAACAGUGUGGGAAGUGCAAGUGCGGGGAGUGCACGGCCCCCAGGGCCCUCCCGUCGUGCUUGGCCUGCAACCGGCAGUGCUUGUGCUCCGCGGAGAGCAUGGUGGAGUACGGCACCUGCAUGUGCUUGGUCAAAGGGAUCUUCUACCACUGCUCCAACGACGAUGAAGGGGACUCUUACGCGGAUAAUCCCUGCUCUUGUUCCCAGGCACACUGCUGUUCUAGGUACCUGUGCAUGGGAGCCAUGUCCUUGCUUCUGCCCUGCUUGCUCUGCUACCCGCCCGCAAAAGGAUGCCUGAAACUCUGUCGAGGGUGUUACGACCGCCUCAAUCGUCCAGGCUGCCGAUGCAAGAACUCCAACACAGUCUAUUGUAAACUGGAGAGCUGCCCCUCACGGGGUCAGGGCAAGCCCUCAUGAUUUUUGGAGGGAGGUUUAUUUCCUCCAACUUCAGUUUUUCAGGUUGUAGCUGAUAUUUUUUUUUCCCCUUCCCUCCCUCCCCUGCUCCCCCCUCCGUUUGCGGGGGGACGGGGCUGUUCUUUUGCUUUCCUUUCUGUCUCCCCAACUUCAAAUACACAAGUUCUUCCUUGUGCAUCUUUGCUCUCCUCUUCCCAUUGACUUGGCUGAGUGUGGAGCUUUUUACGUAGUCAUUGCUGCUCUUUGGUAAGUGUGGACCUGGUAUCUGCAUCUGCCACCCGCGUGGGCAGGGUCUUUUGAGUUUGUAACUGAACCACUCCUGAAAGAGACGGUGAGGGCUCACUGGGCUCUUGAAGCUUCUUGCUCUGUGAAUAUCUUCCCAAAGAUGUUUUUUGUUCUCAGCAAAUUUUUAUCUUCUUUUUUUUUUCUUAACCCCCUGGGUACCAAGGAAGAAUAACUUUCAUGAGUGAGCUGGAUUUUGAAAUAACUUUGUGUGUGUGCUCUUUCUGGAGAGGGAUGUAAAAUAAAGGCUUUACCAAAUGAAAGGCCUGACUCUUCUGUAAGCAGCCUGCUUUUUUUUCUUUUUUUUUUUUUUUUUUUUUCCGCCCUUUUUUUCCCCCCUUCCCUUUCUUUUUGUCUUAACUUUUGGAACAUUCUCAGUCCUGAGAAUUACCCUGCCUCCUCCUUUUUACAUUUUCAAUGUAACUUCAGUUUUUGCUACACUAUGUAGAUCUUCACAUUGGAGACAUUAUGGCUGCAACAUACUCAUUUGUUUCUUUUGCUGUCAAGUCUUUGAAGGAUAUUGCUCACUCCACCCUUCUACUCCCGUUUUUAUAGUCUGUCAGUAUCAGUUGAUAUUAAAGUUGGUGGUGUUCAUAUAUCCAAACAGCCUUCAGGUGUCAAUGAGUCACCUAAACGUUCUUGAAUACUUAAACUUUCUUGUGCUCCUUUGGUUUAGUGAAUUUAGCUCUGCUCUGUACUUUAUAAUUUUAUUCUGUCCCUGUUUUAUUGCCUUAGCCACAAAUUGUGGUCCUUUUUUGUAUAUUUUAUGUAUAAAACACAAAGUUGAAUCCCAACUAUUUUUAAGACAAAAGUCUGUUAAAACUUUUUUUAUUGUAAAGAAUAUUUAUUAUGUGAAUCUCUAUUAUUUUAUGAUAUUUAUUGCAAAAGACUUUGAAAAUGUACUCAUGUCUGAAUAUAACAAAAUAUCAAUACUUAACGAAAUAAGGAUGACACGAAGAAAGUACAUAUGUUAACUAUAAUGCAGAAAAUAUAUUAAUUAAUGAAAA